CCUCUUCCUGUGUUACCGCCCUUGGUUGGACCGAGUCACAAACCUCAAACACACAGGAGUAUCCACCGCCACAGUCUCUUCAGAGUCUGGUGCUCUUUGGAGUUUUACCCAGCUACUUGUCUUUCAACUCAGACUGCCCCCUUCCUCCGUGACCUGGAGCAGAAACACUGAGCAGGACCAGAGUGGCUGCCGCGGUUUGUUUGCCGUUCACUGUCGCCUAGCAAGCUAUAGCCACCAUGGCGCUGUCGUUCAAGAAGGACCUCGACAAGUACAAGGAUAUCGACGAAGAUGAGAUCCUGAACAAGCUGUCGGAGGAGGAGCUGAAGCAGCUGGAAACGGUUCUGGAGGAGGUGGAUCCUGAGAAUGCGCUUCUUCCAGCCAGUAUGCGGCAGAAAGAUCAGACCGAUAAGUCGGCCACUGGGCCGUUCGACAGGGAUCGGCUGCUCAAAUACCUGGAGAAGGAGGCCAUGGAGUACAAGGACAGAGACGACAUCGUUCCCUUCACUGGGGAGAAAAAAGGUAAAGUAUUUGUUCCCAAGCAGAAACCAAAAGAAAUGUUCCAGGAAGAAGCCACGACCCUCGAUCCAGAAUUAGAAGAAGCUCUCUGCAGCGCCACAGACACCGAAUUGUGUGAUUUAGCAGCUAUUCUGGGUGUGCACACACUGGUCACCAGUAAUCAGACAUACGAUGGAACUGGAAGUAAAGAGGGCUACAACAACGUGGUGAAAGGAGAGAAGAUGAACCCGGUGUUCGAUGAGCCUCCCAACCCCACCAACGUAGAAGAAACGCUGCAGAGGGUAAAAAACAACGACGGCUCCUUAAAAGAGGUCAACCUUAACAACAUUAAGAACAUUCCCAUUCCCACGCUGAAAGACUUUGCCAAAGCAAUGGAGAAGAACACACACGUCACAAAGUUCAGCCUGGCAGCGACACGGAGUAGCGACCCAGUUGCUGUGGCAUUCAGCGACAUGCUGCGGGAAAACAAGACGCUGCGGAGUUUGAACUUGGAGUCCAAUUUCAUCACUGGAACAGGAGUGCAGUCUUUGGUGGAGGCGUUGCGAGAUAAUGACACACUCACCGAGAUCAAGAUAGACAACCAGCGGCAGCAGCUGGGCACCACCGCGGAGAUGGAGAUAGCUAAGAUGUUGGAACAGAACAACAGCAUAGUCAAGUUCGGCUACCACUUCACCCAGCAGGGGCCUCGGUCCCGGGCUGCUGCAGCCAUCACCAAGAACAACGACCUCGCUCCUCCCCCUGUCAGAGCUGCCGUUGCACAGUCCGCAGGAGGCGAGUGGAGCGGGACCAGUAGAGACGGAGCACGGCCUUCCUCCUCCGAGCCAACCCUCCUGUUCAUCUCAUCGCGUGGAAUAAUUUCAGCCAUUGCCCUGGUCUCAUCUCACUGCGUGAAAGUUUUAGUCCUGUGCCAAACUAAUGGGGCAAGGCAUGCUCAGCCUGAACAAUACAUCAGAGAAGAAGGGAAAUAACUGGAAUCGCCCUCUCCCUGUUCAUGUUUCUUAUGUUUGUUCUCGAUGUUGUAAAUCUCAUUAGUUUUUAAAACGUGUCAUUUCAGCUGCUCUUAUUUUGAGCCUUUAUAUUUACCUGUCCAGACUUUUUACAUGUUUUUUGUUUUUUCUUUCUUUUAUACGGCGCUAUAAUACAUGUGAAGUAGUCAUGCACAGUAACAAACAACAGCUUUGAGGAAAAUCUGAAAAUAAUAAUAAAAAAAAAAAAACAUUUGGAGACUUGUGUUGCCCGUUCUGUUUGCGGCUGAGAUCAGAGCUUCUUUUGAAACGAUGUGUUAAAGCAGCAGAACCUGUCAGAAGUUCGUGCUUACUUUUGAUGACUCUGGGCUCUAAUGGAGCGCGGCAGCAUGAGGCGCUGUGGUUUGCAGGUGUUGUUUAUUAAAACCCUCUUGAAAAGCUGGCAGGACUGGACCUGGUGUGCUGUAAUGGUUGGUCUGAACCCAGUCAGUGACGUGGGUUAAAAUCACGUAGAUAACCCUGGUUUAUCUCCUUGUGUAAAAAAAAAACAAAAAAAAAACAAAUUACUUAUUUACUGUUCUAAUCUAGCUGAAGAUCUUGCUUUGGUACAGUUGCAAUUUUAACAUCAAUUAUUUCGAUCAAAAAAGUAUAAACUAGGUCAAAAUGUUUAGUAUAAUGCUUAUUUAAAAAAAAAAAAAA